CUGCAGGUUGCGGGAGGCUGUGAGCGGCAGCGGGCAGCAGUGGGUGGUGCACAGGCGGGAGGUACACUGGCGGAAGUGGGCGGCGCACCGACGGUAGCAGGCCAGCAGCGGGCUGUGCGCGGGCUGCAGGCAGUGGGCAGCACGCGGGCGGUAGCGGGCGGCAGCGCGCAGCGCACUGGCGGCAGCUGGCAGCAUACAGGCGGCAAUGGGCGGUGCACCGGCGGCAGCAGGUGGCACUUAAGAGGUAGCAGGUCAGCAGCGGGUGGCGUGCGGGCUGCAGCGGGUGGUGCACGUGCCACCUCCCUUCUCACUGCACUCUUCCCCCUCCUCCUGAUGCCCCCGUCUCUGCCUCUUCUCAUCCCUUUGAAUCUGGUGCUCCCAGCCUCAUUCGGCACCCGUGCUUCUUCCCCUUUUCCUGCUAAUACCUGCUUGGAUGCUCCUCUCCUACUCCCCCUCUCUGGUAUGCAUCUGUGGUAA